GUCUGCUAUGUUAGUGGAGAAAGCAGUCACCGAACCUUUAUUCUGGUUCGGUUCGGACUGUCGUCUGCCAUUUCGUCUGUUUGUCCUCAGUUUCGUCAUCACAGUGGGCUAUGAAGCAUGCUCGAACGGAAACGUAGUGCUCCUGAAAAAGACAGACUGAUUUCUAGCGGGCUGAGGACGACGCAGAUCGUAUUACGUAAAAAAGAUUUACUGCAGUUUGCUUAAGUAUUUUCUGCGUGGAAAUGGCUCCGGUGACAUUCUUAACCGGCCGCCUACAGGACCAUCGUUACGGUCUGAACAAUGUUUUGUCACAUCAGUGCCCUCGAUCAGAAGGAACACGGAUGGUUUGUUGAUGCUUGAAACAAUCUCUGCCGUACACCACCUGUGGACAGAUGAAUCGCUAUUGAACGCUCGUGAAAAUGGACACGGGCAACGGAACCCUUACGGACGGGACUUUCGCUAUUGGCGAUAGUGGCGGAGUGCAGGCCCGUCAACCACAACAACAUUUCAUUGUCACCACUGAAGCUUCGCUAUCUGGAACGGAUGGCGAGGAGACCCAAAAUGCGAGUGGGGAUACCGCCUCGAACGGAGAUGUGGGGCCGCUGAGGGAACAGGACAGGUUUCUUCCGAUCGCGAACGUCGUGAGAAUCAUGAAGACCGUCAUUCCCAAAAGCGGCAAAAUUGCCAAGGAUGCGAAGGAGUGCGUACAGGAAUGUGUUUCUGAAUUCGUUAGCUUCAUCACAUCCGAGGCCUCCGACAGGUGUCACCAAGAAAAGCGUAAAACGAUCAAUGGUGAAGAUAUUCUUUUCGCAAUGCAGAGUCUCGGCUUUGAUAAUUACGUUGAACCUCUCAAGAUUUAUCUUCAGAAAUACCGGGAGACGGGUGUUAAGCCCGUUGAGGGCGGUAAUGUCGGACAAGGAGGGGGUGUUGGUGAAAUCUCUGCGGUCGGGGUGGUCACUAGCGGAGGUGAUGUCAAGGAAGAGUUUGUAGCAAGCGCUGGUGGAUCUGUGGUCGCCGAUGGCACCGUUGUUACUCAGACUGGGGCUGGAACCUCUACCGAAGCAGGCGGUGAUGGCACCGUUAUUGUCGACGAGCUCACAGGUGUGGCGACCGACUCAUUCAUUACGGCUGCCAACAUGUUAGAACAGGACAGUUCUCAACAUAAUGUCAUCUACACAACGGGCUUUGGGGAUUUUUGAGGAAAAGGAGAAGGAGGUUGUCUUCCCAAAGGAAGUCAAGGCGGAACAAGCUAUAUAUUAGGAUAAAAUGCAUUAAUUUACGAUCUCGAAAUAUUCGUAAAGAGAACAUUUUUGUCUCUGUUUGUUUGCCCUUUGGGUGUGCAUGUAUAAACCGGCUACUGGGCUUCGAUGUCUAGCAAUUAGCCAGACAACAUACAACACGCACAGGAUUCGUGCGCGCAGUGACCUCAACAACAGAUAAAAUUGCUUUUUGCAUCCAUGAGCCGACAUAGAUAGUAUUUAAAAUAAUGAGGCACAAGGUGGGUGUGCUGAAUAACAAAAGACGAUAACAGUUUACUACAGGUUAAUUGAUAAACUGCGAUUACACUGGCGGCGCAUUAAAAUGUUAUGAGACUGUGAAUCGCUAGGACUCAUCUCUGUGCGAGUAUAUAUUGUAACAUUACAUGGAGGCGAUGGACCAUCUAAACUGCACGUAGAUGAGACUCGUGCCCAUGACGUGCAGGUGUGGUAAAUGCGGUUAUUAAACGUUUUGUAAACUAAAUUGAAUAAAAGCAGUUUGACAACUGCCUGUUUUGUUAUUCGAUGUUAGAAAAUUUUUUAUUACAAUAAAUUACUCGAUCUUCAAAUAGCCUUUAGAACAAAGUUCAGACGUUUAAUUGACCAACUGUAUCCUUUUUCGUCUAUCUAAACUAGCGCCUCUCAGCGCCUUUAGCUCUAAAUUUCAAUGACCAAAUUAGUCUUAUAAGGUGUUUGUAAAAUUUUUUUCUAAGAAGAUCAACAUUCUUAUGGCAAAGUGUCAGUCUGUACUAACGUAGUCUUUUGUGUAGCUUACAAGAUUAAUUUUGUCAAUUCUAAUGGAAGGUUGGUCAACAGGUUUUUUAGCCCAAUUAAUCUAAAAUUUAUGAUGCGUGAAUAUGUACAAAUAAUGUAUAUUGAUACGAAAUAAAUAUGAUUGUACCAUCUGACA